UGGCAUUAUGAAUAUUUUAUUCGGCUACGCUUAUAGUGAUGGAAUGAGAGUCAUCGAGUCCGGGAAGCUAUCAAAGCAAACACCUGAGUCAGAUGGUUCAUUGUAUACUGAACUAGACCGGCCAAAUGGUCAGCCUUGUCUUGAUACAAAAGAGUUCGAUCUAUUGAGCAACAUGAUGCAAGCUGUGUAUGAAGAACGGUAUGAUGAAGCAGCUGAGUAUAGAGACAUGCUUAGUUACUUCCAAGCAAAACGCAAAUUAAGGAAAUACAAAUGAUAGGUAUGGUAAGAAAAACAAAAGCUCAUUUACCUAUGCUUAUACGCAACUAA